CACCCAGCUAUUCAACAGUAAUGAAUGAAAUGUCCAGAUUGACUGAAGAAUGCGAUGCUUGUGAUGAAAUUAAUCCGUUGGAGGAUAAUAGUUUAGUUGAGUUACAGUACGAGUAUUCGCAGAUAUCGCCGAACUAUUCUCCAGGCAAUAAUAUAGCUAAAUCUAUCGGUGAACGCGAUGGAUCUAUCAACAGUCUACCGCCACAUACAUCCAAUGAAUAUGAGUUAGAUGCACAAUACCCUCCAUGGCAUCACAACCCAGAUCUAUACCUACGCCAACAAGCUUUAGUAGUUGAUGAGAAUGAUGGUCCAAUGUCAUUCUCGAUUCAAUCACCACCAGCAUCGCCAUCUUUUUUUGACAAGCCCUCUGCAGAUAUAUCAAGUAAGCGGAACGCUCAACACCUCACAUCAUUACACAGAGUAAAACGUAAGGUUAAUUAAUAAAUUGU